GGCGGGGCCUGGGGCUUGGGGCCUGGAGCCCGGGCCUGGGGCGCUGGCGGGAGGCCCCUCCCAACUCCCGGCGCGCCUCGCCCGGCUGCCCGCCUCACUGAAGGUCAAGGCGCUUUGUUCUGCGCCGCGGGCGGCCUCCUGGGCGGCGGCCCCGCGGAGGAGGCGAAGACGGCGAGAGGCGGCGGCCGCUCAAAUCUCCCGCUAGCCCAGCCCGCCCCGCGUGCGGGGGCUGUGGCGGUUACACGGCCGGGCGCGCCGGAGCGUUCAGGCUUCCCGUUUUUAAGGAAGUAGCUGAUCUCUGCAGGAAACUGCUGUUACCUGGCCUCAGCUGAAUUUUUGUGGGACCUCUUGAGGGCUUGGCACCCCACAAGUCUCUGAAGAGACAGUCUGCUGCUGUUCGGAGGGGAUAAAAACAUUCAGAUGGCAGAUCACAGUUUUUCAGAUGGGGUUCCUUCAGAUUCCGUGGAAGCUGCUAAAAAUGCAAGUAACACAGAAAAGCUCACAGAUCAGGUGAUGCAGAAUCCUCGAGUUCUGGCAGCUUUACAGGAGCGACUUGACAAUGUCCCUCACACCCCUUCCAGCUACAUCGAAACGCAUGAGGAUGUUGUAUUUCUUACUCCCUUUUUUAGUUUACCUAAAGCAGUAAAAAGAAGAAUUAAUGCAUUGAAACAACUUCAGGUGAGAUGUGCUCACAUAGAAGCCAAGUUCUAUGAAGAGGUACAUGACUUGGAAAGAAAGUAUGCAGCGCUAUACCAGCCUCUCUUUGACAAGAGAAGAGAAUUUAUCACCGGCGAUGUUGAACCAACAGAUGCGGAAUCGGAAUGGCACAGUGAAAAUGAAGAGGAAGAGAAAUUGGCUGGAGACAUGAAAAAUAAAGUAGUCGUAACAGAAAAAGAAGCAGCAACAGCUGAAGAGCCAAAUCCCAAAGGAAUUCCAGAGUUCUGGUUUACCAUCUUUAGAAAUGUAGAUAUGCUAAGUGAAUUAGUCCAGGAAUAUGAUGAACCAAUCUUGAAACACCUGCAGGAUAUUAAAGUGAAAUUUUCUGACCCUGGACAGCCUAUGUCUUUUGUGUUAGAGUUCCACUUUGAACCCAACGACUACUUUACCAACUCAGUCCUGACAAAAACCUACAAGAUGAAAUCAGAACCAGAUAAGGCUGAUCCCUUUUCCUUUGAAGGUCCUGAGAUUGUGGACUGUGACGGGUGUACUAUUGACUGGAAGAAAGGAAAGAAUGUUACUGUCAAAACCAUCAAGAAAAAGCAGAAGCAUAAGGGUCGAGGCACUGUUAGAACAAUUACGAAACAAGUACCCAAUGAGUCCUUUUUCAACUUCUUCAAUCCAUUGAAAGCAUCUGGGGAUGGAGAAUCACUGGAUGAAGAUUCUGAAUUCACAUUAGCCUCUGAUUUUGAAAUUGGACACUUUUUCCGUGAGCGGAUAGUCCCGCGGGCUGUGCUGUACUUCACUGGGGAGGCCAUAGAAGAUGAUGACAAUUUUGAAGAAGGUGAAGAAGGAGAAGAGGAGGAAUUAGAAGGUGACGAGGAGGGAGAAGACGAGGAUGAUGCGGAAAUUAACCCCAAGAAGGAACCCAGCCAGCCGGCGGAAUGCAAGCAGCAGUAGGAAGCGGAGGCGGGUGCCUGGCAGACCGGCUGUCGGGACUCCAGGCCUGUGGGCGGGGCCUCGGUCCUUGCCGCAGCACAAUCCCGUGGACAGAGCUUACUCCAUCUAACUCGUUUUCAAGUGCAUGAUUUUCACUUUCACUUUUCCUUUUUCCUUAUUAUUUUGCUUAACUUGUACAGUGGCAACUGAAAUGCAUUUCAGAAAUAGGAGGUUUCGUCCAGCACCCUCUGCAGCCUUGGUGCCUGUAGCUCUGGACUUCCCUGGGCCUUUCCCUGUGGGAGGGCCCUAUAGACCACAUCAGGGUGGGGUGGGGGUCACUUGGCAAAAAGGGCCGAGGUCUGGUGAUGUGGUUCCCAGGAUCUGGAACCUCUCCCACCCCUCCUGCAGUUGGACUGAAUUCUUCCCUUUCAUCCGAAGAAACCCACUUGCUGUUUCCAGCCGCUGAAUCUGCUGAGUGUGCAGCCUGCAUCACCUGCUGUAUGCCGAUCAUCUCAGAAAGGGCUGUGUAGAGUAGGGCCCUGUUCUCCUUAGGAUGUUGCUUCUUGAUUUUUUUUUUUUUAGGGGUGGGUCAGGGUUGUGACACACCAGCCCAGGUGAGAGCUGCUGCGGGUCACCUCAUAUUUAUUUAUCCCUUCUUGCCUGUGAGGACUGCGGCUUUUCGCUGUGGCUCGUCCUUAACAUUUCUGAACCACCUUGGUGCCCUGAGCAGGAAGAUGUGCCACUUCCUAGCAGGAGCAAGGCCUGUGCGGAAGAAACGCUGCUCCCUGCCACCAGGGCUGAAGAUGCGAGCCCGUCCUCAUGACGCAGGUGCCACCCUGCUGCCGGAGCCGGGCUUCGGCAGUCUUCUCCACUGAGGGACUGGGCUGGGAAGUCCUGCGUUUCAGUUGAGCGUAUGAGCGUCGAGUCCUGCUUUCUCAGUAGCCCCAUUGCUGGGCCCCACCAUUCAUCCUGUCUGAAGGUCCUGGGUUUGGUGUGACCGCUUGGCGGCUGGUGGGUGGGGUUUUCAAGUGGGUGACGGCGCUCUCCGGCAGCCGGGGAUGGCCGUGUCCGCACUGACCAGGCCUGUGGAGAGUGCUUGGCCUAACCUUAGAACACAUUUGUAACUGAAUACAGUGUUUUCAAUUUGUACAGAAUAGUUAGAAUAUUCUAUUAAAGUGGUGAAACAUUGA